CUCUCUUGGGUUCUCGUGGCCCCGAACACUCCUUACCUUUCCACCUGGCCCCUCCAAGACAGGACCGUCCAUCCCACCUACAUAACCUUCCUCCUCAUCACACCCACGCAAACCCACUCUGCUAUCCAAACAUACUUCAUAACUACGCUCCUUUGCAGGGCAUACUCGCUGCCCCACUCGCUUACUCACUGACUCACCUGGAAACAUUCCAUUCGUUCUUUUGCUUUUCCUCACCUUCUAUAUACAUACUUCACACGAAAAGUCUCGGAACUCGGGCAAAAAGCAUAUCCCCCCACCCAUCCCGUCGUUCACUAUGGUGUACAACAUCCUGAAGUAUCGUCGGCCCGCCUUCGUUAGGAGCACUAGGGGUUCCGACAAGUGGGAUGGCGAGUCCAUUUCGCUGUCCCCCACCAACGGCAGCUGUGGUAUCUCGGGUAUCCCCACUGCCCUCGAGUUCGAGAGAGUCGUCGACGGCGGCACCUGUCCGCCAUUGAGCUGCCGUGACUUCAUGAUGUACCUCCAUCAUGUCGAGCACAGUGUCGAGAACCUUCAGUUCUUCCUGUGGUACAGGGACUACGAAAAGCGGUUCGAGGCGCUCCCAGCGAACGAGAAGGCACUCUCGCCCGAAUACAAGCCACCGCAGGCGGUCGACGGCGUGAAUCAGCCCUCGCCCGCUCACCUGAAGACUAAGACCACUUGGGCCGUGCGGCAGUUCGUCGACAACGCGUUCGCCAAGGAGAGCCAGAGCUCAAAGACGGCAUUGACGGAGCCGGCGGCGGCCUGGGGUGGACACAAGGGAUUCGGCGAUAUCAGUCCGUUCCUGACGCCGCCGGGAACGGGUUGUGGCGCGAGCACCAUCGGUGGAAGCAAUAGGGAUGUUGUCACGCCGUUUGGCUGUGGCAGCGGUGCGCUUUCGAUGGCUACCACUGCUAUCGACCACAAGAAUAUCACGGCCGAGGCCUUUGAGGGCGUCGAUGUCAAGUGGCAGCCUUUCUCGAUUCAACCUUUCCGGGACGAGAUAUCCCGCAUCAUUGCCAUCUACAUUUCCGAGGGAUCCCCCCGCGAACUCAACCUUUCCUCUCGGGACAGGACCACGGUCCUCCUCGCCCUGUCCAACACGACGCAUCCGUCGGCCAUGAAGAACGUCCGAGACCACAUCGAGGGCCUCCUUCGAUUCCAGUCCCACCCGAACUUUGUUCGCUGGUCCAUCUGCAACGGCAACAAGCCCCGUGUCGUCUUCGCCGUGUGCUUGGGUAUUUUCUUGAUUCUGGCUGGACUCUUGGCUUCGAUCAUCAUCACCGUGGUGGGCGGGGACGCCAACAGGGGAUGGAGGGCUAUCGGGGCUAUCGGUUGGCUGCUUGGUGCUGCUACGCUGUAUGCUGGGCUCAAGGGCAUGUGCGUUGUCUUGCACGGCAGGCAUCGCCGACAUGUCCGUCCUUGGGAACUCUGGAGCGACUGUCAGGACACUGAAAUGAAGGAUUCGAAGCUGAGCUUUGAAACUUUGGGCACCAGGAAUAGUUACGAAGAUGAACCCUGGAUCGCCCGCUACCGUAAACGCACCCUCCUCCGCAAAAUCUUCGACCGCGAAGUCUGGAUCGAAGAGCCGGCGCUCCGGCAGAUCCAGGACACGAUAGCUCUGCAAGCCCUCGGUGUAGCCUCGGUAUUCGCGGCCAUCCUCACGGUUAUCUUCGUGACCGUUCCCGUUUGAACCAGCCCCAGCCCAGCCCAGCCCAGCCCUGGCCCCUAGCUACGCUCACUCACAUGAUUUCCGCACAAAAUGGAGUUUUUUUAUUUUUUAUCUUUUACGGCGUAAUUGGAGGGUUAGGUUAAAUGGGGGGUUAAAUUGGGGGUUAAAUGGUGGGGGAUACUGGCUUUUUUUUUUUGCUCUUGCGUUGCUUUGAUUUGAAUGGGAUGGUUGGGUGGUGGGCCCGUUGGUGUAUUGUAUUGCUGCUUUUUUGUUUUUCUUUUUUUUCUUGCGUAAUUGGGAG